AUGGCGGGUCAUGCCAUAGGGAUUGACUUGGGGACAACCUACUCGUGCGUAGCAGUGUGGCAGCAAGAUUGUGUUGAGAUUAUAGUGAACGAUCAAGGCAACAGAACCACUCCAUCUUAUGUUGCCUUCACUGAUACUAAGCGAUUGGUAGGAGAUGCAGCACUUAACCAGAUCAUCAAAAACCCCACCAAUACAGUCUUUGAUGCAAAGCGAUUGAUAGGUAGAAGGUUUAGUGACGCAUGUGUUCAAAGUGAUUUGAAGCUUUGGCCAUUCAAGGUCAUCGAAGGUCCUAAUGACAAGCCCAUUAUUGUUGUAAAAGACAAGGGCCAAGAGAAACACUUCGCUGCUGAAGAAAUAUCAUCCAUGGUACUCACAAAGAUGCAUAAAGUUGCUGAAGCCUAUCUUGGAUCAACUGUAAAAAAUGCUGUUAUUACUGUCCCUGCUUACUUUAAUGACUCACAACGUCAGGCUACCAAAAAUGCUGCUAAAAUCGCUGGCCUAAAUGUGAUUCGUAUUAUAAAUGAACCAACUGCUGCAGCCAUUGCUUACGGCCUCGACAAGAAAGCUGGUUCGGAGAGCAAAAGAACAGUUAUGAUAUUUGAUUUAGGUGGUGGUACUAUAGAUGUAUCACUACUGGUAAUAGGUGAUGGCGUCUUUGAUGUGAUGGCCACAGCUGGAGACACUCACCUUGGAGGUGAAGACUUUGAUAACAAAAUGGUGAACUACUGUGCCGAGCAAUUCAAGAGGAAGCACGAUUUGGACGUUAGCGGGAACUCGAGAGCUCUUACGAGGUUGAAAAAUGCAUGUGAGAAGGCAAAGAGGAGACUGUCAUUCACAUCAUCAGUUGACAUCGACAUCGAUUGUUUGGAUCAGGGUAUUGACUUCAAUGCAACUAUUACUCGAGCCAAAUUUGAACAAUUGAACAUGAAUUUCUUCAAAAAGUGUAUGGAGCCUGUGAAAAAGUGUUUGAGUGAUGCUUGCAUGGACGCUGGGAAUGUGGAUGAUGUUGUUCUUGCUGGUGGCUCUUCUAGAAUUCCGAAGGUGCAAGAGCUAUUACAGGAUGUGUUCAGAGGGAAGGAAUUGUGUAAGGGCAUCAAUCCUGAUGAGGCAAUUGCAUAUGGAGCAGCUGUUCAAGCUGCAGUCUUAAACGGGCUUAAAAACUUCACUCUCUCGGAUGUCACCCCUUUCUCACUUGGGACAUCUGCUUGUAGGCUUGAUUAUGAUCAUAUUCAUGAUCGUCGUUCAGAAUGUAUUGAGAUGGCAGUUUUGAUUCCAAGAAACACCAAAGUUCCCUUCAAGAUGAACAAGUACUUUACUACCAAGUCUGACAACCAAGAUAGAAUGUUGAUCAGUGUAUUUGAAGGUGAGAGUAAGAAAGUCAAGUAUAACAACUUAAUGGGUGAAUUUAAGCUCUACGACAUUCCUCCAGCUCCCAAAGGUGUUCCUAAGAUUGAUAUUUGCUUUGAUAUUGAUGCCGACGGCAUCCUUAAUGUCUCUGCUGAAGUCAAGUCCACUGGCAACAAGAAAGGGAUUACAAUAAACACCAAGACGAGAACCUCCUGAACGUAUAAAGGUGAGAGUGAAGGUGAGAGCGAGAGUGGAGAUGAGAAUGAAGAAACCUCAUAUAAUAACUUGAUGCGUGAAAACGACCAUCCUCCAGCUCCCAAGCGUGUUCCUAAGUUUGAUUAUUGCUUUAAUUUCGAUGCCAACGACAUCGUUAAUGUCUCUGCGGAAGAAAAGUUC